GUUGUACAAUCAAGAACAAAAGUAAUGAAUAUUCUGAUCAAGAGUGGAAAACCUCAGGAAGCUAUAGUCAUUUUUCAAAAUCUGAUUGAAGGAGGGCACCAACCAUCUUUAGCAACAUAUACAACCCUAUUAAAUGCCUUAACCACUCAGAAAUAUUUCAAGCCUAUACAUUCCAUUGUCUCACUGGUUGAAGAAAAACAAAUGAAGCCUGACUCAAGAUUUUUUAAUGCUCUUGUAAAUGCAUUUGCUGAAUUUGGGAACAUUGAGGAUGCCAAGAAAGUUGUUCAGAAAAUGAAAGAAAGUGGAUUAAAACCUAGUGCUUGCACUUAUAACACAUUGAUAAAAGGAUAUGGGAUUGCAGGUAAGCCUGAUGAGUCAAUAAAGCUACUAGAUCUUAUGUCAAUAGAAGGAAAUGUGAAACCCAAUCUCAAGACAUGCAAUAUGCUAAUCAGAGCUUUGUGCAAAAUGGAGCACACAUCUGAGGCAUGGAAUGUGGUGUAUAAGAUGACUACUUCGGGAAUGCAACCAGAUGUUGUUAGCUUCAACACUGUAGCAAUUUCUUAUGCUCAGAAUGGAAAGACUGUUCAGGUUGAAGCUAUGAUUUUAGAGAUGCGGAGGAAUGGUUUGAAACCCAAUGAUAGAACUUGCACCAUCAUCAUAAGUGGAUAUUGUAGAGAAGGUAAAGUAUGGGAAGCUCUAAGGUUCGUAUACAGGAUAAAGGAUCUGGGGCUGCAGCCUAAUCUUAUUAUACUUAAUUCCCUGGUUAAUGGUUUUGUGGACACGAUGGAUCGAGAUGGUGUCAAUGAGGUGUUAAAUUUGAUGGAAGAAUUUUACAUCCGACCAGAUGUGAUAACAUAUAGUACUAUAAUGAAUGCAUGGAGCCAAGCUGGAUUCUUGGAAAAAUGCAAGGAAAUCUACAAUAACAUGUUAAAAUCUGGUGUGAAGCCGGAUGGACAUGCUUAUAGUAUUCUUGCUAAAGGUUAUGUGCGAGCACAAGAAAUGGAAAAGGCUGAAGAACUGCUUACUGUCAUGACUAAAUCAGGUGUCCAACCAAAUGUUGUUAUAUUUACAACUGUGAUGAGUGGAUGGUGCAGUGUUGGCAGAAUGGACAAUGCCAUGAGGGUUUUUGACAAGAUGGGUGAAUUUGGGGUUUCUCCAAAUUUGAAGACUUUUGAGACACUAAUCUGGGGAUAUGCAGAAGCAAAACAACCCUGGAAAGCAGAAGGAAUGUUGCAAAUAAUGGAAGAGUUUCAUGUUCAACCCAAGAAAUCGACCAUUUUGCUUGUUGCAGAAGCUUGGUGUUUUGCUGGAUUGAAAGAAGGGGCAAAGACACUACUGAUUACUGUAAAAACUGAGAAGAUGAUCAAUUCAAUAGAUGGAGACAACAAUAUAACUGCUAAAAUGUCAGAGAAAAUUUGCCAAAAGCCACAUACUAAUGCUCCUUUUUGUAGUCUCUUAAAAGACUUCAUCUAUAUCUUCCACUGA